GACUAGCUGUAGACAUUAAUCGUAAUGGAAGUUACGGUUACACAUAUGAAAAACCCAUUCUCGUUCUUUUUAAAAGAAAAGGGUAAUGAGUGUGAUCGGCCACUUAAAGAUGAGGAUCGGUGUGAUCUGCAGAAUACCUAUUUGAAAAAACAGUGGUCGGAUGUGAACCACGGAAAAUAUGUUGCUGUAUGGCACCAGAGUAAAUGGACCCGUGGUAUUGUGCACAUGGAAACCCAAGUUUUAAUCUGGUUGGUUGACUGUGGGUACUAUGUACGACCGGAUGAAAGCAUGGUCUAUGUGGAUUUACCUCCGGAGUUUAAGAAACUGCCUACUAAGGUGUUUGAAGGCAGUAUUCAUGGAGUGGUACCAAUUGAUAAGGCACUCUCAGACGAAUGUGAAAUUAAAGAUGUCAUUGCCACCACCUGGAAUCAUGGAUCCAUCGAAAAAUCCCAGAACAUAAUCAAUCAAAGCAGGGCUAUUUAUUUUGUGCCCAUAGCCCUGUUGUGUACUAAAGGAAAUGAUGUUGUGCUCGGAGACCUGUAUGUGGACACUCCUUGCCAAGGUGUGGUUAACUUUAUUGACCUCAUGGAGUUGUGGCCCGUGCAUCUGCAGAAGAACCCAGCGGUGUACAUUCAAAACAUUUCUACGUUUUAUUCGAGCCGGCGUAAACACCACGCAUGCAUCCUCAAGCCGGUGAUGCCGAGAGAACUACCCGUGGUGACUCCCGCCACCAUCACCCUCGACCAAUACGAAGCCAUCGCCAACGACGCCCCGCAGCUCGAGCUUGCCGACAACGCCAGCACGGACGAAUGUAGCACUGUCGUGACCAACCGCCAGGAUAACCAUCUCACAGCAGACGAGAUUGAAGAGUACUCUAAGAUGUAUAUCAAAGUCAAUGGCAUACAGUAUAACGUUUUGAAGAUAAUACUUAACAAGUGCCACGAUUUGAGCAUGUGUGAAAGGUAUAAAGAUAAAAAGUCUGUAGGAAGGGCGACUACGCGUCAUUCUACUUUCUGUGGCUAUCAACGCCGGCAUUUGGAUGAUUUCGAUCACUUUGCUUAGAAAGUAUUUGCAGGCGCUACAGUCGUCUAGCCAGCUUUCGACUGCAGUGCCUACAAGUGUCUAAGCAGAUUGCUUAUCCAUUGGCAGAUAAUAAUUAAUUGUUUUGAAUUCUAGUGAUAAAACAAGUCCGCCUCUCUUUGCCUUGCCGGUGAAUAAACCCUUUAUGGAAGUUUUGCAGUGCGGUAUUUGUGCAGUGAUGUUUUUUUUAAGGCGUGUGGGAUAGUUUAUUUUUCUUUGGUUAUAUAUUGUAUGAAAAUAGGUACAUAAUAUAGCAAUACAUAUAUUUCUGGGUGCCUUAUACUAAAUAUUUUGCCAUUUAUGUUACGUUACGUGUGUAAUAAGACUAAUAAGUUACUUUACUGAGCUUAUCAAGCUACUUAUUUCAGUUACAUAAUUAUUUUUAAGUAGGUACACUUAAAAGCUGGACUUAUAUUUUCUUGUAUAACAAUGAAGCAUGCGUUCACAUUGCGAAGGUACAAUAAGUAUGUUAUUUUGGUAAGCUACUUCAUAGGUACCUUUUUUCUUAUGAUAAAUCAGUUUGUAAGUUAAUCUCUCAGUACUGAUUUAGAUUCUAUGAUUGAAAUCAGGGUUUUAAGUGUUGUGAGAGAUCAAAUAAUAUAAGCCUUUUUAAUUAUACUUAGGUAUUACAAUUAUUUAAUAGUUUAUAGUUAAGAAUUAGCGCUGUUGCUAACGAGAAGUUUAUAUUUUUGUUUAAUAAGUUUUUUUCCGAUUUUAUUUUAUUUUGUGAGCAUGUUAGUCACAUCAUAGUUUAAGUUGAAUGUUGAAUAAAUGUUUAAACCUGCUUUAUCUGCUUACUGCAGAUGCUGUUAAAAUAAUAUACAAGUAAAUUCAAUAUGUUUAAGAGUAUACCACAAGUUAUACUGAGUAUGUAUUAUAUUAGAAGCAGACAUAGAAGUUUUGGUGGCAAUAACGUCAAUUAACUAGGGACUUCCUUCCGAUAUUAAAUUUAUCGACAACUGAAUACUUAUUUCGAAAUGCCAUUUCAUAUUAACUAUUAAGUUCACCGGAGAAAAUAGAAAUUAACUAAAAUAUGCUGAUUACUACCCAUCAAUGUUACCUAUAUAAUUUUUAGGAGUUUUAAAAAUCAACAUAAACAACAUUUUUUUUUAUUAGUAACGUGUUUCUUACACAAAAAGUUAUUUUAAUGAUAUUCAAUCGAUUUCCAUGCAAAGUAAACGGAAUCCAAGAGUGCCUUGCAACAAAGGCCAAUUUAGGUAAAUUUUAUGACACGUAACGAAUAGGUGCACUACAGCAUUUUUCAUUCAAUCAAUUAUGAACCUUAUGUGGGUAAUAAUAAAGUAUUUUAGACUUAUCGUUAUCUCAUAAUCAUAACAUAACUACUGGCAUAAGAAAGUACAAUUUAUCGAUAAAAUAAUAUCGUGUGGAAAUCCCUAGGUAAAUUUUAUUCGUGCCACCAAAACUUCUAUGUCUGAUUAUAAGUAAACAAUUGUAUCUAAUACUUAUGGCAUUAGACGUGUAGGUGUAGGUAUACCUAUGUCUCCACAACAUAUAUAUGUUGCUUUAAAACUAAUUGUUGUUUAUCGAGAAUUACCUUUUUAAGUUUGAGAGUAAUAUGCUAUUUUUUGUUCUUAAUACUUGGUAUUAAAAUUAUACUUAGUUUAUGUUUAGAAUUUAUAUUUAAAGGCGAGGUGUAGUUAUGCUGAUUGGUGCGGUGCGGUGUUCAGGGCAAAAUUAUCUAUUAAAUUUUAUGCACGUAAACAUUUAACAGUAGGUAGUUGUUCCUUUUAAAUUAAAUUGAGUACAUAUAGUGUAGCCAAACUGGAAAAUGUUUUAUAACAUUACACAGAGUUCGUUCUUAAGAGUAGCCCGUAAACCACC